CGACCAAGAGUUGGUUGCUUUGUCAUGCGCUCAAAAUGAAGCCUUUGACCCACUAACUAGUGCAUGUAAACUGUUCUAUUGCUUCUCUGGAUUUGAAUAUAACAUCACAACAGAAGAAUGCGAACGUGUACCGGUAGAUGAGAAGGAAAGACUCUGCUUGUCGUUCUAUUCUAGUCAGACAGAAAUGAAUAUGACGUCAUUGGACACUGAAUAUCUAUCAGCAGCGGUGAACAAUCUUAUCAUUGAAUUAUCGUUGGACGUACUGACAUUCUCUGAUGUUGUAUCAAUGCCUGAAUUGUCCUGUAUCCCUGCCAAGGCUCAGAUAGAUGACUGUGAUGAAACUCCUUAUCGUUCAAUUUGUCAAGUGUGCUUCGAUACCGAGAUGAACUUUACUGCCCUGCCUCUAUCUUCUGUGGAAUUCGAUCAGGGUACCUUGGAUACAUUAACCAAUAUAACGUCCUGUCUAUACAUGCCUUCAUUCGGAAACCUUUCAAUGGUAGAACUGUUGAUUGAUGUUCCUGCAGAAUGGAGCUGUGAGUCCCAUGAAUCCUGGACAUUUUCAGAUUACAACAAAACCUCCGUGCAACCGUUCCGAGUUAACUUUACUAGAGAAAGGGAGGAAUAUAUUCUGAGUGUUUUCAGCAUAGAUGACAUUUGUGCAAACAAUUACAGACUUGUAUGUGAUACAUAUGUCAGUUUAGAGGCUAGCAAGUUUGAGAUUGUGACAAACCACUCAAAAGUAUCGCUCCAUAUCAGUGGCAUGGACACUGUCCUUUUACAUGAUCAGUUUCAGAUAAAUACAGAUGGCUCUGCUGUUUAUUGCCUAGAAGAAGCUGUAUCUGAAGGUCGUAACUUACCUGCUGGUCUAGACAUCAUGAACAUAGUAGGAACUGUCCUGUCAAUUAUGUCAGUACUAAUCGUCAUAACCACAUACUUAAUUUUUCCUGAGCUUCGUAAUGUGGCUGGGAAAUCAGUUCUAACUCUAUCUAUUACUCUCCUAUUAACAUUUCUAUUGAUUUUCGUGGGUGGAGUGAGUACCCAACAUGAUGGCCUAUGUAAAGCAGUAGGAGCUAUAACUCAUUUCUUCUGGCUCUCCAUUUUCUUCUGGAUGAAUGCCCUUGCCAUAGAUCUGAAUCGGACCUUUGGCUCCCAUGCUAAAUUUCGUGUCGGCAACAAAUCUCAAAUUGUCUACAUCUGGUACUGCUUGUAUGCUUGGUGCAUACCAGCAUUGAUCGUAGGUGCUUGUCUGUUUAUCGACCUUUGUGACUGCACCAAUCUGCACUUGAACUACGGCAAUGAUUGGCUAUGCUGGUUGUCUAGCGGGAAUGUGAAUCUGUUUGCCUUUGGUGUACCUCUUGCAGCACUUCUGUUCCUGAACGCGAUCCUGUUCACAGACACAGUGGUCGGGAUUAGACUUACCAAAAAGGCCGCAGAGAAAGCAUUAAAGGAGCGACCAGCCCUGGCCAAAGCAAAAGAAGAGUUGUCCCUUUAUGUCAAGUUGUCUGGUGUCAUGGGUUUUACAUGGAUUUUGGCUUUUGUCUGUGAAUAUGCCAACAUCCCAGAGCUUUGGUAUGUCUUCAUUGCUAUCAAUUCCUUGCAAGGAGUCUUCAUUCUUCUUGCGUUUGUCUUCAACAAGCGUAUUAUCGCCCUGUGGAAGCAGAAACUGGGAGUCAGGCGUGAUGAUGUCACCUCCAGCACUGCUGAUACAAAGAGCACCAGUACCGGCAAUACCAUGAUUGAGAAGUAAAACAUGGAUCCUGCAGCACGUCAAAUAAAAUGUUAUGACUGUUUUAAAGAUGUAAAUCUACUCUACCGCUGUUAUGGCCUCAAAUACAGCUUCUGUACUAUGGUUAUUUAUACAUAAUUAUUAACAUAACCUUUCCUACACACCCAUUUCAAGUGUUACGCACAUAAGGUGUUCUUGAAACAAAAAUGAAUGGUAUGAUUGGUAAGCGAAAGGACUAUAAACAUCUCGGAUAACACGUGGUCAAAUAAUAUCUCACGACCAUAUCACAUUGAUAGAAAAGUAUGGAGAGUUCAUCACGAGCAAUAGAGUAAAACAUUUUAACGUCUUUGAAGUCGGCGAGAUCGAGGCCCGCCCACCAUCUAAUAAACGCCCACCAUCUGUAAACGACGUUCUAAACUUAGAAAGGGUUAACCAACAGGUUUCAUAUUCUGUGUUUGUGAUCAUAUAUGUGAGAGAGUAGUCUUAAUUGAUUUAAAUAAGAAUGAAGAGGCAUUAUUGCAGGAUGUCUAGCACAAUUAAAGCACUUUAUCUCUCUAACAAGAUCGAGGCCCGCCCACCAUCUAAUAGAUCUGUAAAAGAUGUGCUAAACUUAGAAAGGGUUAACCAACAGGUUUCAUAUUCUGUGUUUGUGAUCAUAUAUAUUGUGAGAGAGUAGUCUUAAUUGAUUUAAAUAAGAAUGAGAAGGCAUUAUUGCAGGAUGUCUAGCAUAAUUUAAUCACUGUAUCUCUCUAACGAGUGUUUUGCAAUGUAGGGUGCAUUUCUUCAUGAGUUAAGUCUGCCAAGAAACCUUCUAGUUUUAUGGUUUAGAGACAUAUUAGCGACGUCUGCUGAGUUUUCUUUAAAACCUGUGAAUGACGUGACAAAAUUAAAUUGUACAAUAAAGUGUCUAGUAAUAAAAGUGCA